AUGAAAACCAAGUUCAGGGUGAAAGCCCGCCAGAGCCUUCGACUGAAGAAGCUUCGGGAGUGCGAUGUCGAGCUCAAGCUACUCAACAUUGAAUACUUCCAACACCUGGCAGAACUCAUGAAGCGCAAGCCACCAGGAAACCUCGUCCAUCGCUCUGGAAUACCGAACGGACCUACUGCCAGCUUCGUGGCCGCUGCUGUGCUCGUGGGUGUGGUUGCUGUGAACGAUCUUGGCACACGAUUCGGGACCCGUCUGGAAAGGUUAGAUAUAUGCACUGCACAGGAAGUUGUGGAUGCUGCACCCGCCACCGCGGAUACUCUUCCUCAAGUGUGGUAUUCAAUUAAAAGUUUGGCAUCUAACACAAACGAGUUGCUGGUCGACAAGCCCAUAAGAGGGUCAUUUCCUUUACGGAGGUAUAUUCGAUUGGUGAACCGGAGUGAGAAUGAGAGGAUGGACGGAUCGAGUGAUUGCUCUUGCAUAAUUUUGAGGUUGGAUUCUGAUCACAUGGUGAUACUGCAUGGAUGUUUCAAGGUUGAGCAGAUUGCAAAAGAGGCGAGAUGA